UGCUAAAGAUGGCGCGUUGGCAGAAAUCAAGAACCUUCCAAGUUCCGACAAGCCAGCUCAAUCCUGACAUCUAUGAAUAUCUGCCACGGCUCUGACACAUCAUUGUACCUCACGGAUGAGCCAAAAAUCUUGGAAAACGUCCUUUACUUGUCUUCUUCUGCACCUUUCGUUGACAGCCCCACCCCACGAAUCCUCUCCCUUCCCUUAAACUGAACACAACGACACAACGACACAAAGUCACCAUUGUCUUCUAGAAUAUUUGCAGAAACUGCAUUCCAUCGUCAAUAAAAAGGGAAAGGAAGAAAAAAAUCAUGUUAUCCCAUUUCUUUUGAUCUAUAUAUAUCAUUUGCUCUCCACAUAUAUUUAAUUUUCUGUGUUUGAUUAAUUUCUGGGUUUUGAGGAAAAGGGGUGUUGUUGUGCCUUUUGGGUGUUUUGAUAUGGCAGAGAAGGAUCAAAAGCAGUGGGAAGACGAAGAGUUCUUCAUGGAGAAUGAUGAUUAUGAUGAGGGUGAAGACAUGGAAGGGAAGAUGGAUUUUCAGAUGGAUGGGAGUAGCAGUAGUAGUAGCAGUGAUGGAGAGGGAAAUGAUGAUGGGCAAGGAGGCCUCUCUCCCGCCACUUACUCUUCCCAGCAAUGGCCGCGGAGUUUCAAGGAGUCAAUGGAUUCAAUUGCAACUUCUCCAAGUUUUGGAAUAUUUGGAGGUGUUCCUAGUGUCAAACGUCUAAGCUUUUUGGACAACCACAACAAAAGCAAUUUGGACCUGGAAGCAAAACUCCCUUUGCUGCCUGAAGAUCCAAACGUUGGUCAAAAGGAGGAUUUAGAUAGGAUAUCUAGAGUACAGUCAUCAUGGAUAGACAAAUCUUCAUCUCAUUCUCAACAUACAGCAGAGUUACCCAUUGGUUCUGGAUGUUCUUUUGUCCAGACCGUCUUUAAUGUGAUAAAUGUAAUGAUUGGAGUUGGGAUCCUAUCUACAUCUUUCACAAUAGAACAAGCAGGCUGGGCAAGUUUUGCAGUUCUACUUUUUUUCUCAGUCGUAUGUUAUUUCACAGCUACACUUAUGCUAUCUUGCUUUGAGAGCAGAGAAGAGAUAAUAACCUACCCAGAUAUGGGAGAAGCUGCUUUUGGAAGACUUGGGCGCAUUUUGGUUUCUAUCCUGUUGUACGUAGAAUUAUUUUCAUAUUCUGUGGAGUUCAUUAUUUUGGAAGGGGACAACCUCACCAAAGUAUUCCCUGGGGUUUCUUUGGAAUGGAAUGCUUUCAAGAUGGACUCUGUGCAUUUAUUUGGAACUUUAGCUGCCCUAACUGUUCUACCAACUGUUUGGUUGAAAGAUAACCGAUUGCUUUCGUAUCUUUCAGCUGGUGGCAUUGUUGCAACACUGGUCGUAGUGAUUUGUGUGAUAUUUAUUGGUACAGCAGGAGGUGUUGGUUUCCAUCAUACUGGUCCAGCAGUAAAAUGGAGUGGCAUUCCGUUUGCUAUUGGUGUCUAUGGAUUUUGCUAUGCAGGGCAUUCUAUCUUUCCAAAUAUCUAUCAAUCAAUGGCUGAUAAAACCAAAUUUAAGCAGGCAAUCAUGAUAUGUCUCCUUCUGGCUACAAUAUUGUAUGGAGGUACUGCAAUCAUGGGAUUCCUCGAGUUUGGCCAUGGCACCUUGUCGCAGAUAACUUUGAAUUUGCCCCCAAAUUCAUUCAUUACUAAAAUUGCAUUAUGGACAACAGUUAUCAACCCGUUAACCAAAUAUCCUUUUGGUGAUUAAUAAAUUUUAUUGUCAUCUCAGUGCGUUUUUUUACUUGUUAUCUUUUUCUUCUUUUUCUUCCAUUUUGCACAUGUUCUUCCUUGACAGUAAACAAGUUUGCACUGCUGAUGGCUCCUUUAGCCCGGGGCAUAGAGGAGCUACUACCACCUCGGAUUUCAAAAAGUUUAUGGUGCUUCCUUCUUCUAAGAGCAGCGCUUGUCUUUUCCACUGUUUUCGUGGCGUUUCUUUUACCAUUCUUCGGUCUUGUGAUGGCCUUGAUUGGUUCUCUGCUUAGUAUAUGUGUGACUAUACUAAUACCAGCUCUGUGUUUCAUUAAAAUUGUGGGGAAGAAAGCUACAAAGGCACAGAUGGUUCUGACUUACAUUGUGAUUGCAAUGGGCAUCGUUUGUGCAACUCUGGGGACAUACUCUUCGGUGUCUAAGAUUGCGAAUAAUUACUGAAAUCCAGAUAGGAUGUAGCUUCUUCCUUGUAUCAUGUGCGGAAUGUGCUCUCAAAUGGAUACUUUUCUGUUAUAACUGCAAUGAACAUUUAGUAUUGAUAUCGUUCAAAAUCUAGCAAAUUGUGUUAGGGCUUAUUGUUACAUAAAAGUGUGUGAAUUACAUUUUUUAUAAUCAUUGAUUAAAAGCAUGCUACUUGAUAUUGUGGCUUAGUUCUCUAUCAAUGAUUAAAAUAGAUGAAGUUUG